GACAGGUGCCUCCAACAAGAGGCGAGUCCAGCUUCCAUCUCUCAGUCAACGGGCGUUAGAGCAAGAGCUGCUGCGUUCGGGAAACCCUGCUUACAGCCGCAUCUUCCUAGUGUGUCUGGGCCUUCUGCAUUCUUAAAAUCUUUGGUUAAUUCCUGGGUCACAUGUGAACUCACUUCACCCACCCCAACACCUUGUGAGGUGGGUGUUAUGGGUGAACUGUGUCUCUCUAAGAUAAGUUGAAGCGCCAACCCCUGGUACCUGUGAACGUGACCUUAUUUGGAAACAGCCUUUGUGGAUGUAAUCAGGUAAAGAUGAGGUCACUAGGGUGAGCCCUAACGCACCAUGACCAGUGUCCUUGUAGGAAGACAAAAACGCCGUGUGAAGACACAUACAGGAAAAGGCCCCGUGACGGCAGAGGCAGGGUUGGGGAGACUCGGCGACAAGCCCGGGAGCCCCUCGGGUGGCUCCAGAGGCUAAGAAGCCACGAGGAAGAAUUCUACCAGGAGUGUCAGCAGGAGCUUGGCCCUGCUGACCCCUUGGUUUGGGGCUCCUGACCUCCAGAAUGUGAAGGAAAAAAUUCACGUUGUUCUGAGCCACACAGUUUGUAGUGCCCCUCUGUCCACACCACGGGGAGUUUGAGGGGGCUCCCCAGAUGGGAGCUGGAGUUCCAGGGCCCCGUGAUGCCUCUGUUUCACUGUCAGACUUUAUCCCCACUCCAAACCCCGUUCCCCAAGAAUCCUGCUCCGAUCCUGAUCCCAGGGGCAGCAUUGGAAGUGGCUGGAAACCCGUUAAAUCCGCGGUGCUUCCUCUGUCCCUCCAGCACUCCUGAGAGAAUCUGUGGGUCGAGACAAGCAGUGGGUGAACCUGGAUGUCUUCAGACCUUUUCUGAGUGAUGGGAAAUGAUGUCUGGAUUCCAGAGCGGUAGUUAGACUGUCCUGCACUAGCCAGUUAAGGACAACGUUCACUCGGAGAGAAAGCCGGCAUUCUUUCCAGCGGCGCCUUCAGGCUUGCUGAAGACGGGAGCGCCUGAGGCUCUGUGGUGUCUGCUGCUCCCCAGGGGGUGGCCCCGGCUACAUCUGCCUGAGAAGCCAGCAUGAAAAGGUGAUGAGAACAUCAGAGCUUAGAAACAGGUUUUCAUCGUGGACAUUGUCUUUCGAUUUUAGCAGCACUUUUCCCACAAAAUUAAAGGUAGAUUUUUUUUCUUUCUCCUUUGUGACUGAUGGGAGAGCAUGGCCUGCUGGGCCCGGUGUGGCCACCAUGUGGGAUUUUGCUAAAUUUAAUGACCCCUGAUGGUGAAAGGUCCUCCCUGAACCACUGUCUUGAAAAGAUGGCAAAAAAAAAAACCAUCCCUGCCCUCCACGUGGAACCCGCAGUCACGCCAGGAAAACCCUUCAUGAAAGCUGGUGCCACGCUGUUACUCUAAUCAGAAAUGUGAGCCAUGCACGGAAGCAAAACUGCCGAGUUACCAGUUGUGUGUGUGUGUGGGCACGCACCCUUGCCUCCCGGUGCCUUGGUUUCCCCAUUUGUAAAGCGGGGAUAGCCUCACCCAUGGUAUGCAUUUCCUGUGGCUGCCGUAACAAACUGCCACGGGCUGGGUGGCUGGAAACACAAGCUUUUUCUUUCACAUUCUGGAGGUCAGAAGCCCAAAACCAAGGGGUCAGCAGGGGCACGUCCCCUCUGAGACUCCAGGUAGAAUCCUUCCCCAUGGCUUCUUGGCCUCUGGGGGCCGCCAGCCACCCGAGGGGUUCCCAGGCUUGUAGCCGCGUCACUCCAACCCUGCCUGUGCUGUCACGCGUCCUUCUCUCAUGCAUGUCUUCACACGGCGUUUUCCUCUUCCUACAAGGACACCAGUUAUGGUGGGUUAGGGCUCACCCUAGUGACCUCAUCCUUACCUGAUUACACUGGCGAAGGCUCUGCUUCCAAAUAAGGUCUCAUUCACAGGUACCAGGGGUUGGUGCUUCAACUUAUCUUAGAGGGACACAGUUCAGCUGUGCACUGUGUGUGUUGGGUGGGCGAAGUGAUUCCCCACGUGAAAAGUGGUCAGACUCGUGCCUGGCCCCCGGUAAACACCACGUAGAUGGCCGCUGUGCCCCUGCCCUUACUAUUUUAUGCACUCACAUUUCCCAGGGUAAUUCCGCUCUCUCAGCCUCAGCGCUGCUGCUAUGUGGGGCUGUGCCGUCACCCGCGGUGGAGGCCGCUCUGUAUGCUGCAGGGCAUUCAGCAGCACCCCUGGCCUCCACCCACCAGAUACCAGAAGCCCCUCCCUCAGUUAUGACAACCAACAAUGUCUCCAGACAUUGCCACAUGUCCCUCCCCAGGAGGUAAAAUUACUCUCGGUGGAGAACCACUGACGUAGCUUACGUGGUGUGCGUAUGUUAAACGCUGACAGAUAUCGUCAGGCUGUGUCCUCCUACCAGGCCUCACCAGUUCACAUCCCAUGGUGGGUCCCCACAUUCUGGGGUGACAGGACACCUUCACCCUUUCCCACUUCUCUGAUGCCGUGGUGCAAAUUGAUGCAAUGGAGCCUCGUCUAGGCCAGGAGCGCCUCAGGGCUGGACGCUCCCAUACUUGGCGCGGGUUCUGGGAGUUUCCGCAGGCCUCCUUUCUGGUGCAUAAUGAGCCUCCCAAGGCCCAGCAGGAUCAGGACUGCUCUCGGCGCUGCUCGUAUUUUCUCUUUCUUGCAAAGCACUAGAUUGGGUUCUAAUUACUGCUCAGCUGCAAAGCCCUGACUCUGGGGCCCCGACAAGCUGCCCAGAGCCUUGUUCGGGCUCUGAGUCUUCCUCCUAUUUAAACUCAUGUGAUACUGUCUGCACCCCAGAGCUGUCUGGGUGGGGGUGUGCAGGACCACAGAUCAGAAUAUUCUGAAAAUCUGAAGCUGGACAGAUUCAUGACGGCGUCUCAUGGUUAUCCAGGAUGGAAAAUCCAUCUUCCCAGCCCCAGGGCCUCUGUUUGUGGUUGUAGCUUUCGGUGCUGGCAUCGAACUGUCAAGGCUGAGACACCUCCCCUGCCCACCGCUGUGGCCCGAGAAAGGUAUCCAGAAAAACAGAGGGUUCCCUGACAUCCUGGGGGCCUCCCGGGGGUGGUAACAGGUCCCUCCUGUGACUCCUGUGAUGCAGCUGGUUUAUCUUAGCCAUUGGACCACAUUGUAAAGGAAGAGAUGUCAGUGAGGUGUGAGCUGGGCUGCCCUGAAUCAGACACUGUGGCCAGCUGAUGUGGCCCGAAGCUUAGCUCUGCCCUAGGUUGAUUUUGAUGGGAAAUGAGCUAUGUGAGCAGACUCUUAAUGGGCUUUUCUAAACUUCUGGGGGGUCGCACAUUUUUUUUUUUGUUUUUUGAGAUGGAGUCCUCCUCUGUCACCCAGGCUGGAGGGCAAUGGCAUUAUCUUGGCUCACUGCAACCUCCACCUCCCGGGUUCAAGUGAUUCUCCUGCCUCAGACCCCUGAGUAGCUGGGACUACAGGCACGUGCCACCAGGCCCAGCUAAUUUUUUUUUUUUUUUUUUUUUUUUGUAUUUUUAGUAAAGACAAGGUUUCACCAUGUUGGCCAGGAUGGUUUCUAUCUCUUGACCUCAUGAUCAGCCUGCCUCGGCCUCCCAAAGUGCUGGGAUUUCAGGUGUGAGCCACCGCACCCAACCCGCACUUCUUAAAAGGAUAGUCACUUAUCUGAGUGUAAAUAGUGAUGGUAUGGCAAGGAAAUCCUGCCUGUCCGCGGGGCUGUGGGGAGGCGUCUCCUGGAAACACUGAUACUGUGAAAGUGACAAAGCUGUAUUUCUUUAUUCCCAAAUCCACCCCUUGAGACAGGUCGGCCUUGCAGCCAGGAAGCAUUUCUAAGAUUCAGGCUCUGCGGCUUAGCCUGGUGCGCGUUCCCUGCCACUGUGACGGGGGUUCGUUCUCCCUGCAGACUUCCCUGCCAUGGAUGACAGGUCCCACCCUGGCCCGGCUUCACGGACCCGUGACCAGUGGAGGCGCUUGUGGAAGCUGCACUCAGAAGGGAUCUGGGCUGGGUUUCAUGCCCUGUUGCUGCCAUCCAGGAAUUCUGGACAACUUUUUAAUGAGAGGAUGGUCCCUGCAAAUUAUGUAGCUGGUCCUGCCCACAGCCUGGGGCCCAAGGGGGACAGCUUUCAUCCCUCCGAGCAGCAGGUGGGCCUGCCCAGGCCAGCUGGACAAUGGCAGCCCUCCUGAGUUUAGGUCCCUUUUUUCUCUGGAUAAUGACAGGGAGUGGCCAGCACCUGUGAGGAUGCCCUCCCACUUAGAGAGCAGGGUGGGCGUAGGGCCGGGGAGGGGGUCUCAGGGGGAAUCAGAAUAAAAUUCGCAUUAAGGAAGGAGGUCCUUUCCCCCUUUCUGGAAAGAAACUCUUAAUUCUUUUGGAAUCACUGUGCUGGAGAACACAGAGGUUUAUUUCAGGGAGCGGGGAGAACCCCUUUUCCUUAGGAUGCUGCAUUUUAAAGGGCAAGGCCAGGACGAGCAGGGAGAGAAGCGAGAGGCCUCGUGGGCAGCAGAGGUCACUUUGCAGCAUCUCAGAUGCACAGACACAGUGAGCUUCGAAUUUGGGCUUCUGUGUUCUGAGCUCAGCCACACCCUUCUCCCCUGGCUGUGCCCAGUCCAAAUUUGCUCCAAAAGGGUAUCUUUCCUUCCACUGGAAGUCCAGGCAGCCGAGGUGGUAACCAGAAGGUGGGAGGCAGGUUUUGGAGGCAGGGCCCUCUGGCCCCAGGUGGAGACGUGGCUUUGCGCCCCGCCCUGUUUCUUCUGAGAUGCUCAGAGUUCUGGGGAAGGACUCAGGGGCUCAGACACCCUCAGGUCCCCGCAGCUUGAGCAUCCAGCUGACACCAGACCCGGAUCCUGGACCGGAAACCAGCGGCAGGUGGGGCUCCUCGUGUGCACCUUGUUAGUGCACCUGUACCCCAGACCCAGAGUGAGGGACGCCCCAUUGCCCAGCUGCAGACCCGCUGGCAGGUGAGGGCCUACCCCUUCUGCAGGAUGCUCUGCUCCCACAGCCAGGAGGGUAUCUCAAGCCUUCUGAGUCACCGAGGCAGCCUCAAUCCAGGGCUGACGUGAUGGGCUCUUGGUCACGUCGCGGCUCAGCCACUUGCCGUUGUUGACCUUGAGCAAGGCGCUUCUGCCCUGUGCCUCAGCGUCCUCCUCUGCAAAGUGGAAGACCACCAGUCCCACCCCUUGGGGUUGGGGGAGAUGACCCACUGGAAGCCCCCGGAUCAGUGCCCGGCACACACUAACUGCCAGGCGGGCGCCAGCUGCCACCAUCCAGUGUGAAGGGAACCUCGCUGUCCACUGUAAACCACAGCCCAGAGCUCUUGGCUUGUGUGCUGAGCCUGGCUUAGGAGAGAGGGUCUCAAAGACAGCUUUGGCCUCAGUGAGGGCCACCUGUACAAAGGGAGCCGUGUGUGGCUCACAGAUGUGAUGCAGUUUAAGCGAGGCCAGACACAUUGCAGGUCCCCACGAAGUGUGGUUCCUCCCGGCACUGAGCGGCGGUUGGCUCCACUGUGCUCAGUCCAGCUGUGGGAUGCCCUGUCCCUUAGGAGGGGUCCUCCGAGGCAGGGAGCCAAAGCCUUGCUCAAGAUAGAACCUUCAGGUGUUCUCCACAGAGGCCGCCACACAUUGCUGGGUCUGGUGUCAGCUCAUGGUGGCUGCAAAUGAAACAAAGGAACUAACAAAAAAUCUAGCCCUUUGCCACCGAUCCUUGAAUCCCUGGUCUCCGGCAGAAGGUUGACGGGAGGCCCAGAUAGAGCCCUGCUUUGCGGGCCUGGAUCCCCAUCAGCCGCGCUGAAUGACAUCAGCUGUGGCCACCACUGGGAUGGCUGAUCCACCUUUAAGGCUGUUCUGGAAGGCUGCACUUAACCCCGGGUUCUCAUCCACCCUUCCAGCACCUCCUGACAUCUUGCCGCCUCUGCUUCGUCCCACCUGCACACGCCCCAAGCGCCUGUGUUGCGUCUCCAGGCCCUACUCCUAGCUCUUCUCAUAUCCCGCUACCUCACUGGGUCACUCAUGUAGUGAGGGCCUGGGACUUCUUAGGAGUGGGGACAGGGAUGUGGCUCCAAGGAGCCUGGGGUAGUUGAGGAGAGAGGUGUGUGGGUCAGUGGGGGCUCAGGCUUCAGCGUUGGAACAAUUAUCUGUGCAAAGCGACUUGGAUAAAGAGCAUGGUCCAAGGCUUCAGACAAGGCCAUUUAGAGUGGGAGCCAUUAGUUUACUCUGUGGACCUGUUUCCAGUUCAUGUCCUUCAUUUACUCAUCUUGCUGGGAGGACUGUGCCUGCUGCCUUGCCUGUCAGCCUCCUGUUCUGGAGUGGAUGGAGAAGGACAGGCCCUUGAGGCUGGUGUGGCUUGCUCCAUUUUUGGCCAAGCACUAAGGUGCCGGCCUGGGGUGGACAUAGAAGCCUGACUGUUUUCCAGGUGGACAAAUGAACCCCACCUGCACUCAGAGUUCCCUGGAGACCUCUGCCCCAGUGGUGGAGAUGGGGGCUUGGCUGGGCUCCGGCCUCAGGGUCACUCUGCACUGUGAGGAGUGAGUGUCUGAGUGAUCAGGGUGCAGGGUGAGCUACUCCCUGGACCUGGACACAGUGUCAUCCUUGGGUCCCUCAUGCUUUUCCAUCCUGGGCCCUCUGUCCAUUCCCACAGAUCUCAGGGCCCCUGGGCCCACAGGCAAGGGCUCAGAUGUGCGUGGUGACCGGCUCAGAUGAUGUGUGUGGUGACCAGCUCUGACGUGUGUGAUGACCGGUUCAGAUGAUGUGUGCGGGGACCAACUCAGAUGUGCAUGAUGACUGGCUCAGACGAUGUGCGUGGUGACCGGCUCAGAUGAUGUGUAUAAUGACCGGCUCAGAUACGAUGUGUGGUAACUGCCUCAGAUCAUGUGUGUGAUGAUCGGCUCAGAUCAUGUGUGUGAUGACCAGCUCAGAUGUGCAUUGAUGACCAGCUCCGAUGUGUGUGAUGACCCGCUCAGCAUCCAGUGUGCUAUUGCCCUGGCCAGGAGCAGGGGCAGAUUGCCCACCAGGAGCCGGCUCCCAGCAGUGCCAGCCAGCGCCGCGAGGUGGCGCCAGGGACCACAUGAACGAAGAGCGUUUCCCUGCGGCUGCUCACUGGCCGGGUCUCCCCUGAGAGGCUUGCUUCACCCAGCAUCUCCCUCCCAGUGUAUUGUAACCACGACCCUCCUGUCUUCUAACAAGCAAGUUAGGUGCAGGUGGAAGUGUGGGGUUGGGGUGUGGGUAGGAGAGGUACCCCAAGCCUCCCUUUCCCCCUGUGCUGCAGCAGGCAGCUGCGUGGGUGGAACUGAAUUAUGAAACCCCAAAUCCAUCUCCAUAAAGGUUUUGUGUGUUUGAGGAAAAAUGCCUUUGCACUCUGCUAUGUUCUAUCUCUUGCUCAUAUCGUAGUUCACUGUGUACAUUUUACAACUCCUACAUAUUUUGGGGGCACAGGUGCAAUUUUGUUACACGUGUAGACUGUGUAGUGGUCAAGUUGGGGCUUUGGUCUCCAUCACGGUGCACUUGGAAUUGCAAAUUUUGGUGGUUCUCUUGCUUGGUAGUUUAGGUUUGGGGAAAGGAAAUGCGUGCUCGUUAAUUGAUAAAUAUUCCUAUUUAGUAAGUACAUGUCAGGAUAAACGAGAAGGAAUCCUUUCUCCUCAGAGAAGCUCCCCAGGAGUCACCCCAGGAGUCAGAGUGUCUCAGUCAGCAGCAGCAGGUUAUGUUCAGCAGCAAACAACCCCACAUCAGAGUUUUGUAGCAAUUACAGGUUGAUUUCUGGCUCACAUGCAUGUUGGUUUCUGAGGGUGUUGUGCUGUGCUGUUGCCCUCACUCAGGACCCAAGCUCAUAGAGCCACCGCCCAGUGCUUGCCAGAUAGCGGGAAGAGAAGGUGUGGUACUGUACACACUGUUGGUUCUGCAAACUUUGGCUGGAAGUGACACACCUCUGCUUCCAUUUUGUUGGCCAAAGCAAGUCACAUGAUGGUGCCUAACCUAAGUGGGUGGGAAGGGCAGCUCCCCGUGGCUCCAGCAGGAACAGGAGCCAGAAGAUUUAAACAGCCUCAGUGACAGCCACAGGACACCUGCACCACCGACAUUACCAUGCACCUGUGAGUGGCCGGGCCCUGCACUCACUGCUAUGGGAGAGUUAGCUCAUGAAUCUUCACAAUUCCACAAUGCACUGACAGUGAAAUCACGUGCCCAGGAUCGCACAGCUAGUGAGUGGCAGGGCUGGAAUUCGGGGCCAACUGGCUGCAAAGUCCAUGUGCUGAGCUGCCUCUCUCUGCUGUGUGAGUUUGGAUUCUGGAACAGUAAUUGGCAUAACUGACCACUGAGAAAAGAGACGGGGGUGAGGAGGCUGCCCCAGUUUUCUUUACUGUUAGCUCUGUGAUGUGCUGUUGUUGGCUCUAUUUCACAGAGGAAGGUGCUGAGGCUAAAAGAGUUGGCCCAAGGUCCUGCAGCGGGUCGGAAGUGCCCGGGCACUAUUGGAACCCUGUUGCUUGUCGGUGUCUGCAGAAAGCCUGACCAUCACGGGGCCCUGGCGGGAGCAUUGCCAUACAAGUUUCCUUCCACCAGGGGGAGCACGUGCCUUCUCAGCAAACCCCCAUCCUGUGAGCUUCAGAACCGGGAAGGAGGGGGGACCUGGGGCUUGUCCAGCCUGGAGCCUUUUUUUUACAGAAUCAGAAACCGAGGCUCAGAGCGGGGAUGUGCUGUCCCCUAAACACAUGCAUACUGCUUCUCAUUGUCAUGCAUGUUGGUGGUCCUGGUGUCUCCACAUACCCCCCACCCUAACUCACACACACGUGCACACACAUAGACAUUCCUGUGCACACACAGGCUCACACGCACAUAUAUGUGCAUGCACAGGCAGGCAAGUACACACACAUGUAUGCACACGUACACGUGUACAUGUACCUCACUGGGCCUCAUUUCUUCAUGUGGAGAAGAAAGCGGGAAGAGAGAAGGGAGAAGCAGAGCUGGCUUUGGGAGGGUCCAAGGACUCCCUGCUGGCGCCCGAACACUCCCACCAGGGGCUCGUCCCGAGGUGUCUGGGCAGGAAGGUGCCUCCUGGCGAGGGGUUCCGCUGCCUCAAGUCUCAGAUGCUCCAUGUGCUCCUCCAGUUUCCCACUGCCAGGACCCCCACCCUGAACUCGCCUCUGGCAAGCUUUGAAUGGGCAGUGCGUUGGGAGGCCAAAACGGGCAGAUUGUCUGAGAUAAGGAGUUCAAGACCAGCCUGGCCAACAUGGCGAAACCCUGUCUCUACUGAAAAUACAAAAUUAGCUGGGUGUGGUGGCGGGCGCCUGUAAUCCCAGCUACUUGGGAGGCUGAGGCAGGAGAAUCACUUGAACCUGGGAGGCAGAGGUUGUAGUGAGCCGAGAUGGUGCCACUGCACUCCAGCCUGGGUGACAAGAGCGAGAUUCCAUCUAAAAAAAAAAAAAAAAAAAAAAAAAAGCAGUGGCACAAAGAGUGUAUUUCCACGCUGGCUGGACUCUGAGAGCAUUUUCCAGCACCAAAGUGGGCAGGUGGGGCUGAACCCUGAAUGAGCUGGAACCCGUCACCUGGCCGUGAUGGUCAUGAUGAAACCACAGCGUGGCAAAGCCAGGCUCAGAGUGGAGUCUAAGAAGUCCCCCCCAGAAGCUGGUGUCUGUCUGCUCAAGGAUUGCAGGAUGACAGGGCAGAGAGAUGUGUUAUUCUAGGAGGACCUCUGGACACUUGAAAGUCGGCGCAGCGUCCAGGAGGUUGAACACCUCAGAACUCUGUGGACUUGCCCUUCUCUGCUGCUGGUCCUCCUCUGUGGAGCCAGCCCCUCGGCCGGGUGGCUUGGGAGUAGGAGCGCUUUGCGUUGCAGCAGGCAGGCUGUGGAGACCUGGAGGCUGCGGAGACCUGGCUCUGGUUGCUCCAAGGCCUCCUGCUCAGCUGAAACCCUCUCUGCUUUGGAAACACAGAAAACUCUAGUCUCCAGCCCUGCAGUAUCUGAGCAUGGCCCUGGCCCCCUCAGUCUCCUCUCAUUCUAAACUGUUGUCUUUUGUGCCUUUGCAUAAGUUAAUUCAUGCUGAUGAACCGCUGAGCACUGGUUCCCCAAGUACAGUCCCCAGCCCGGCAGUACUGGCGUUCCCCAGGAACGUACAAGAAAGGCAUGUCGUCUGUCCCGCCCCAGACCUCUGGAGUCAGGCAGUCUGGAAACCGGCCCAGCAUGCUCUUGUGUCAUAUGUGGGUAAGGCUGCCCUUACCUGAGUGGAAACCCACUGAGGCCAAGGCAGGGUGGGUGACUCAGUGUUUAACAAUAGGCUCUUCCAAAGGAACUAAAGUAGGCUGAUUUGUAGCAUUUGUCAAUUCCCCUGCUGUAAAUACCCCCUCCAGGGCUGUCAGCUGCUGUCAGCUGGCUUGCAGAGUUCCUGAAAAGUACGAACCAGCUGCAGCAUUACUGACGGGGAGAAGUCAAAAGUCCAGAACGGGGGCCUCCCAGGGGCAGGGAGUGCUCCAGAGAAUACCCAGCUACCGCUUAUUUUGGCAUCUCAUUCGGGGAGUCCCCAGACCUUUGUGUUUCUACCCCCAGUCCUCCAUAGGUCACGUAACCACCGACUCUAGUUGCACAUCAAAGGGGUGAGUGACCCGAGGGCCUGUUUGGUGGUUAGUGCUCUCCUGGAAGAGCAGCGAGGCAGAGAGGAAGGGGACCCCAAACUUCAAAAGUGAGUUUCCUCCCCUGUGACGCGGUGCUUGCCAGGCCGCCCCCCUGCACCCACCGCUUCGUCCCUCCGUCUCUGUUCUCAUUCAUGGUCAGUGUGGAGGAAGGAUGUAGAGAAAAGGCCAUUGGUGGGGCCAAGUCUCCCUCUGAAAUGCUUAUUGCAGGAGGCGAAGGAAGCUGAGAGGUGAGGCCCCAGUUCUAAAGGAUUGGAGGGCUUGGCAGCUGGGAGGAGUUAAAGGAAUCUAUUUCCUGUCGCUGAGAAAGGAUGGUGAUUGGCGGGCAAGAUGAAUUAUCAAUGGGGCUGUGGUGGCCACCUGUGGAAGGGAUGCUUGGCGAGAGGCUCCGGCAGCACCGGGGCAUGUGGCAGGAGAGGUAGGGCUGGAGGCGGCUGCUGAGGAGCUGCCACCUGCGUCCUUGCCGGGAACCCUGGCCGGGACGUGGACAUUCUAUGUGGCCACUAGAGGGCAGUGCUGCUGCGGGUGGGAACGAGAUCCAGCCUGCAGCUGUGCGGUGAGCUUCCUGGAGCAGGGGCGCUCAGAGCCAGCUUAAAUCCCCUAUUUUUAAAAGAGAUUUAUUAAAAAUCUUCCCUUUUAAAAAUGCCUUCCUUUGGUGACUAAGUAAGGAGCAUGCGGGUGGGAAGGCAUCUGGACACAGCUGAAAGCGAUUCCAUAUGUUUUGGAAGAAGUAGGGAACAGGCUCCAUGCGUGGGGAGAUGAGUAUCCCUUGACAAAACUCCCUAAGACAGGCUCUUGCACUGGCUCUGCAUCUCGUUCAGCCAUGGUCAUGCCUGGGUGCUUUGGAGGCCCUGGAAGGGCCCCACUCCUUGUUCUCUCAAGCUCUUCUGGCCUGGGCAUGACUCUUCUGUGACAGAGCCCCCACCUCAGUCACAGCCCAUGGAGCACAUGGGGGCUGCGUAGUUAUGGCCCAGUCUGUGUGGUCAGAGAGCUGCCAACACACAUGCACACACACACGCACACACACAUUUGUAUGCACAACCACACGUGCACAUAUACAUGUGUACAUGCACACACACAUGCACACGUAGGCACACACACUGCACAAUGCACACAUGCACAUGCGCACAGGUUCACAUCCACAUGCAUGCACACACACAUGCACACACAUACACAUUCACACGUGCAUGCACACAGGUAUACGUUCACACACUCAUGUACAUGCACACACGCAUGUACAUGCACUUGCACACAUGCACAUGCAUGCACACUCGUACACACAAUCACACACUCUUGCACAUGUGCACACACACUGUACAGUGCACACAUACCCGUGCACACGUUAGUCUGGUCCUGCUUUUAGGGUAUAGGUUGGGAAGGAGUGGCCUCUUCCCUUGAACUCCAAGUGCCCAGGCCCCCUGCAGUGUGGUUAUGGGUUUUCAGGAGGCAAGAAGAAUCUUCCUCCUGCUCCCAGUGAAAGAAGUGGCCCCACUGCACCCAGCCUGGGGGCCCCCAGUCCAACAGCAUGGCACACAGGCAGUGGUCAGAACCACAGUGAGGCAGAGCUCAUGGCCCCUCAUUUGUAUCUGGCUUGGGGGAGAAGCCUGUCCUCUCCAGCCUCAGCUUUCUCAUCCAGCCCAUGCGGGUGGCACCAGCCAUCUUCCAGUGAAGUCGGUAGGACCCUGUGGGCCCAGGCAGUGUUUAUCCCUAGACCAGGCCCCGCUGGAAAGCUGAGGUUGCUUUUAAAAGACCUGGGACUUGUUUCAGGGUCUCUGAUGAGUGUUCCCCAGAGUGUGUUUGCCUUCAUGUUUUGACUCACGCCUGUGAGUUGUUAGAAUAAUAGGACCUAUUUUUCUUAACCUUUAAGGAUGCUGGGGUUUUUUUUGUGAUGAAAAGCACACUCAGAUACACAAAACCCUUUACUAGGCUGUAUCAAAUCAGUUUUUACUGUAGAAACAAAUUACUGAAGUCACCCAGUGGAAGUGCUGUGUGUAAGUAAGCACGAGUGCGGCCAGACCCCAUUCUUGGACAGUAGGACUCAGUAAAGACUCUUCUGGAACUCAAGAGGGACACCAGGGAGCCCUGGGGACCUCUCAAACCCCUGGGUCCUGCUUUCCUGUCCCUGUUCAGUACUAGAGGUACUGGCCUGUGAAUGGGGUGGGGAAAAUCAUGUAAAAAAUAGUGAAAAAGAAUUUUGCAAAAGCGGAGUUUCUGCCUUCCAGGUAUCUACCUUCCAAUUCUGAAUUCCGUUUUUCUCCCUCAUAAAUAGACCUGUCUUCCCAAGUAGAGAGCAAAUGUCAAAAUAUGGGGUCCUGCCAUAUCACACAUGGACAUGGCUGCUAGGGAUGGCCUUCUGCCACUAGGUGGGGUAGGUAGAGACAUGAGAACUUAGCCUUCUUAGCAGGCUAGUCAGAAAUGUCGUCCUGCUCGGAGUGGGGGGUGGGGCCGGGCAGCCUGGAGGGGCUGGACCCCAAGGGAUGCGAGGAACAGCGGGGCCAAGAUGUCGGGUGGGGAAGGACCUCCUUGGGGAAAGGUGCCCGUGGUUGUUGGCCGGGAGCUCACACUGACUCUGGGGAAGGUGUCUGUCUCUGUAGGACCUGGUGGGGAACAGAGCACUUGGGGGCUCCUUCCUCUGUCACUCACUGACAUCAUGGUGACAGUAUGAGGGCUCUGGCUUUGGACCCCAGCUUGGAUUCUAGCCCUGCCACUCACUAGCUGUCGACUUUGGACUAGUAACUUUUUGGCUUUUAUUGAGUUUCCCUAUGUGUAAAGUGGUGAUAGAGCCCCAGCUGUUACAGGAGGUGAUGGAGCCCUCAUCUGUAACGGGAAAUCAUGGAGCCUUCAUCUAUGAUGGGAGGUGACAGAGCCUCCUUCUGUCAUGGGAGGUGAUGGAUCCCCUGUCUGUUAUGGGAAGUGAUGGAGCCCCCAUCUGGUGCGGGAAGUUCCUGUCUGCAAUGGAGGGUGAUGGAGCCUCUUUCUGUAAUGGGAGGUGUUGGAACCCCCAUCUGUUAUAGGAAGUAAUGGAGCUCCUUCUGUAAUGGAGAGUGAUGGAGCCCCCAUCUGGUGUGGGAGAUGAUGGAGGUUCCUGUCAGCAGUGGAGGGUGAUGGAGCCUCUUUCUGUAAUGGGAGGUGUUGGAACCCCCAUUUGUUUCAAGCAGUAACAGAGCUCCUUCUGUAAUGGAGAGUGAUGGAGCCCCCAUCUGUAACAGGAGGUGAUAGAGCCUCCUUCUGUAAUGGGAGGUGAUGGACCCCCAGUCUGUCGUAGGAGGUACCGGAGCCCCUGUCUGUAAUGGGGGGUGAUAGAACCCACCCAGAGGGCUCAAAGAAUGAGGGAGCAGCACACGUGGUAUUAGAGAGUGAACCUCUGUCUGUGUGACUCACUGAGAGUUCUCAGAUGGCAUGGGGGACCAGGCGCAGCCAGCAGCUCUGAUCACCGUGGCCAGGAGCAGGCACGGCCCGUCUUGCCUGGCAGGAUAGGACACCUGUGUUCAUAGGGACUUGCUGAUUGUCCUGCGUCCUGCACCCUCGACGGAUGACGGUUUCAGGCCCCUCCAUGAGCUUCUUGGCAAAGUUGAAGCUCUUCCUUCAGUGACCUUUGCAUGUCUUGCCUGACUGCCCGUGGCUGGCAGUGGACACGGGGCCUGGUGUGCCCCUCGCAGCCUCCCCGCCCUGCUGGGUGCUCUGGUUUGAGCUGCCAAGGGCUUCUUUCUGCCUUGUUUUGGGUCCCCGGAGAGCUCCUUUCCCAGGCUGCGUUCUCCCCGUCCCGCCUCCGCCCUUCCCAGUUAUUUCCCAUGCAUGUUAGGUGUUUUGGGACAAGCUGCUGAUGUUUGUGGCAGGUGGGCCCAAGAGCCAGGGCAUUGCUGGGACCCGAGGGGUUUGCAAGGGCCUGGCAGGGGCCAGGAAAUGUUGGUCCCACCACAAAGCCCUGCCUCUGAACCAGACCCUGGAAGGGGAAUCUGAUGAGGCUCCAGGGACCCGCUGGGCCUCUCCCCGGAUAACACUGGGGGAGUUUGGGUGGGCAGCGGCCAGUGUGUAGCUGCCGAUGUGUGGAGGGGCUCCCUCCCCAAUGAAACAUCCCCCGGAAGACGCGUUUUGCCGCUGGACUCUUGGCCAACAACUGCUAGCCAGUAUUUAGAUGUGCUGUGUUCAGGGGCCGGUGUGGGUGGGAGUCAGCCUGCCCACAGCUCCUCCUCCAUGGCAGGUGACUGGCCUGCCGGCUGGGUCAGCACUGGUGUAUGAGGCUGCGGCCUGCUUGGGCCUCACCCCUGGCUGUCUGUGGUCUUCUCAAGACAUCAACUGCAUGACCGCCUUGGUCCCUGGAAGGACAGGCCUUGGUGGGCCUGAGGAGGGUGCUGGCAGGGCUCCGGCCCCUUGAUUCUCGGUGCAUCUCUCUUGCAUGGGUUUGGAAGCUGGCUUUGCAGAUACCACAGAGAGGGGCAUUUUGAGGGCAAACGGUUCUCCAGAGUCCAGCCUGCUUAAACUAUCUGUGCAGUCACCCUGCAAGAACACUCUUGGGCCAGGAAAUGUACUCCCAGGGAGGUGGACCAGCCCCUAACAAGCAAGUGAGUCCGUUAGGCAUAGACAGGGAGGGCAUGGCCAGAUGUCCUGUGGGUGGACUUCUCCACCACAGUCUCUAAGAGCUCCCUCUGAACAGACCCACAGAGAGCGCCUGGCAGUGCGGCCUCCUGGGAGAAUCAUUACCUUCCUUGCUCCCCUUACCGGGGUCCCCAGAGUGAGUCCUGGAGGCUCAGAAACCCUCUUUGUUUUCUGACAUCCCCAGAAAGUGCAGCUCCCCUGCCGGACCUGCCUGACCUGGCCACAGCCCUUGCCCUGAGCCCGCUGCAGGUGUCUUCUCCUUGCUGUGGGCAUGUGGCAUCUGUGAGAGCUCACACGAGUCCCACUUUGCCUCCAGAGUCCAGUCGGACCUUUGAAAGCCUGGCUUCUAGCCCCGUGUCUGGCUUUGGGUCCAAACCCUGAAUAUUGCCUUCCCCCUCAUACCCUGAUUUCCCCCCCCCCCCGACAUUCUUUGCCACCUAUGGUCCCGGGGGCCACUACACCUCUGAAGUAAGAGGCAGGGAAUGCCAGGACCCAGUGUUGGCCAGGAAGGCCUCUUUCUGCUCUUCCAGCAGCGUAUCCCAGCUGUUCUGUGCCAGGAUGGAGGGGCAGGGGAUACUGAGCCCCCCGAGCCUUACAGUCAUCCAGGGGGUGCCCCUGAAUCUCACCCACCAAGCUCUGGGCAUUGACCAUCAUGAUCCCCACCACAUGUUCUAGUACUUUCCUGACGUUGCACCCACAGAAAGUCCCUAGGAAACCCCAGGCAUCCCAUGCCGUGACUCUGCAAGGAGCACUUUUCACACAUUGGGGCAGGAGUCAGCCAUCUCCUCCAGGGAUGCGUGUUCCUUCAGCAAUGAAAUUUAAUCAGCAGCAAUUAAUUCUCUGUCAAGAAAGCCCAAGGUUUUGUGCUGGAAGGGGAGAAAAAGUGACUAAAUCUUUGAUCAAACAAGUCUCUGUGCUGAAGGGUAGAUACAGUUAACUACUUUUACUGGUGCACUGCCGCAGCCGCGGGGUGGUAGAGGGUGCCUUUGCGCCUUCUCGGGCCACUUGGGGAGGCAGUGGUCACGUGGCCAGCCAUGUUAGGCCCUCUAGACAACAGCCUGUCCUGGGGAGAGGCCAGACAACCUGGGUGAAGGAGGCGAGGGGUGGCUGGAACCCCCCAGGCAGGCUAUGUGAUGUGGUAUUGUCCCUGGUCUAUGGAUGCACCCCUUUUCCCAUCCUCUUCUGCAAUAAUCAGAUACCGGACCCCAGGGCUCUGGUGAAGGCUGUGGUAUUGAUUCUACAUACUGUGUGUGUGUGUGUGUGUGUGUGUGUGUGUGUGUGUGUGUGUGUGUGUGUUUAAGAGGCAGAGAUUGAUUGAUUUGGAAAUGUGCCCACACAGCCCCAGAUGUGGUCCUAACAGCUAAAGCCCAUCAUUGAGAAAAUUUAAACCAGCCAUUCAAGUUAGUCACCCUGGCCUCCCCACCCUAAACCUCAUUAGGAGGUCAGCAAGGUUCUGGAAAUGCCCCACCCAGGCUCCCUGAUGGCAUCCACCAGCAAGCACCCAAAGCAUGGAUGCCAGGGUGGCAGGAGCCCUGUUCCCUUUGCAUCAGGCUGCAAGGAGCCUGGGAGGAGAUAGGCAAGGGGGCGCUGCCCAGGACCAUGUUGGGUGAAUGGCUUUCCGAAGCUGUUUGCGAGGAUGCUAGCACUGAAGCCUUGGAAAUGCGCAUGAGUGUGGUUUUGGCCAAUCUGGGCAGGUCUUUGGUUCAGAGAAGGGGUUGCCCGUGACCGCACGGGUUGGCUUCCCCAGCAAGCACAUGUGGAACCAGUUCACAGGGGCCCCGCCUGCCUGUGUCAGCCUUUCUGCCUCCUGUCCUAGAGGACAUGGGAAACAGGUUUGCCCAAGAACCACCUGAGGAGUAACCACGCACCUCCCAACACAGGCUGCUCUUGGGAAAGUACACUUUUUGCCACUGUCAUGACAAGAUGCAGGCUGUUUGGUAACACAGUUGGUGGGACACAAGGAAGGCCUAGCCUCCAACCUGGAGUGGUCUAGAGCCCCCCGUCCCCGCAGGGAUGCAGCGGAAGCCUGGGCAGUGGGUGCUGCUGUCCUGACAACUGGUUUCCAUCAACAGUAGAUGUACGAGUGCCUAGUGCCCAAAGCUUGCUUCAGUGAAUGUGACCAUCGUCUCCCAUUGGGUGGUGGCACAAGAGCCCCAGAGAACCUGAGUCUGGGCGGCUGGGUGUGGCUAGGCCAGCCCAGGGUGAGAUCUGAAGCCCAGCAUGGUCUCGCAUUCUGUGGGCCCCACAGUGUGUGAGUUUAGUCUUUCUGGACCUUUUCUGCCAUGCCCUGGGGAGGCUUUGUUGGCGACUGCUGCUUGGAGGGUAUCGGAGUGCAUGGAGCACUGAGCUGCCCUUGGAGACAUUUUGUCAAAUAUGUUUCAUGAUGAUGGUGACACCGGGUUUGGGUUUUAAUUCCUCAGUGCACCCCUGGGCCCCACUGAGAGGAUGAUUCCCUUCCGUCUGCAUUUCCAAAUAACCUCCUCCUGGGGCUCUCGAGUCCAGCGGGGUAGCCGCAACAUUUGGAGAUGGGAAAGGAAGGCGCUGAGGCCUGCCUGGGAGACUUCUGGCUGCUGAGCGGCCCUCAGAGUUCAGAAAAUGGGAAAAGAAGGGACGAUUCCCCUAGCAGGAGAGUCCUGCCCCCAACUCUGCCCCUACCUCAAUAACAGAUCAAAGUCGUACAGGGUGGUCAGUUUAUUCAUGCACCAAGUGCCUGUUUCACACAACUGGAUGCCAAGCCCAGUGUGUGGGUUGAAGGGAACACGGACACCAGAAGGUGCCCUGCCUGACCGGUCCUAACAUGUCUGUGGCCCAGGAUGCACUGUCUGACAUGGCAGCCCCGAGCCCCGGGGAGCUCCUCAGUACUCACAGUGCAGCCAGAGGUGCCGUGAUGGGGACACACGCGCUGGGCUUCAAAGACUCCGUACAAAGAAAAACAUGUACACCCUCUCAUGCAUGGUUUUUACAUUAAUCACAUGUCGACAUGACAAUGUUUAGAAUGUAUCAGGUUAAGUGAAAAACAUUAACAUGAAUCUCACGUGUUUCUUUUUACUUUUUUUUUUUUUUUUUUUGAGACGGAAUCUUGCUCUGUCAUCUAGGCUGGAAUGCAGUGGCGCAAUCUCAGCUCAUUGCAACCGCCUCCCAGAUUCAAGCGAUUCUCCUGCCUCAGCCUCCUGAGUAGCUGGGACCACAGGCACGUACUACCAUGACUGGCUAAUUUUUGUAAUUUCAGUAGAAACGGGUUUCACCGUGUUAGUCAGGAUGGUCUUGAUCUCCUGACCUCAUGAUCCACCCGCAUCAGCCUCUCAAAGUGCUGGGAUUACAGGCGUGAGCCACCGCGCCUGGCCUCUUUUUACCUUUUUAAUGUGACUACUGGGAAAUAUAAAAUUAUCUGUGUGGCUCCCUUGCAUUUCCACUGGACAGAGCUGGUCUUGGGGCAGCAGUGUCUGCCGACACAGGUGCCUCGUGGAGCGGCGCCCAAAUACGGAAGUGCUCACGGAGGUGUUUAGAAAGUGUGGUGGAGGCUGGCAGCAGGGCACCAGAGCACACAGGCAGAACCCAGGCUCCUGGUUCUGUUGAGAGCCACUGUGGAUCCAUUGCUCACUAAAUGCAUCCGAAAUGCUCAGCCCGGUGCCCAGUGCAAAGCUGGUGCCCCAUGAUUUCUAGCCCCUUCUCUUGGGUACCUGCCUCUCACCCAUUUUUCUCCCAUUUCCAAACAACAAAUGCCACAGUAAACAGUCCCUGCUCUCCGGCUCAGCAUCUAGGAAAGGCUUCCAGGAGGCCAGGGAGGCUCUGGGCGGCCCCCAGGGGGUGUCAAGGCUCUCCCAGGCCAGGGGCGCUGACAGCCGGGUCCGUGGUCGGCAGGUCCAGGCCAGGGCCCUUCAUUGUGAAUGCACAGCCUGUCGGCCACCAUCACAAGAGCCUUGGAUAAAGUGUUCCUGUGAAGAAGAUAAUUGAAAAUCAAAAAAGACUUUGUUAAUUUGAUUAGGCAGAGCCGUAGUUGAAUUGUUCUUCAUCAAAAGAGAUUUAAUUUUGACAUGCAAUUAAAUCCUUCUGCUGUAAGAUCUGCCCCGUGUGCUGGAGAUGGGCUUGGCAGCCUGGGGGAAGGGUGGCAAGGGGGGCAUUGUGGAGAUUUAUCAGGUGGGGGAGUCAGACAGGGAGGGUUAGAGAUGCUGAGGGUUGGGGGAAAGAUGGAGUUGAUGGCCAUGCAGUCAUGGACUAGGAGAGGAAGGGGCUGCAGUGGAGUGGUGGGAGGUGACUAACAGAGGGACUCAAACAGGGAUUGAGGGGAAUAAUUUGGAAGAGAAGCAGAACAGCAGAGCUGGGGAUGUGGGGACAGGGAGGGAGAAGCUGUCCCAAGAGGGAUGUGGGAGAGGCUGCGGCCGGAGGAGCUGCAGGAUUCACGUGCAGAUUCGUGCGGGCCUGAGAGCCGCUCUGUGCUUCUUAGGUGGGUAACUAGAGGGAGGGGACUGUAGGUCACAUGUGAGGACCGGGAUGGCAUCUUGGGGACCUGAAAUCAUGAAACACCCUGGAGUCCGAUCUGGACCAGGAAUUGGAUGUGAGGGAAGCCAUCUUAGGGGGAGCAGAUGAGUCCAUCUGGGAUUUGAGAGGGUUGAGCUAUGUGGCCCUCACCACAAGCGCAGCGCAGCCAUGAAGCCAGCUUACCACCUGGAACGCCAGCCCCUGAGAGGCAGAGUCUCCGAGGCCCCUGCUCACCCGUGUUCAUUCAUCCAAGGCCGGGGUGUAAUUGUCUCUGGUUAAAAUGAUAGUGGUGUUUGACCAAAACAGCCAUCCGUGCUUAAUGUAGAAAAUCCAGGACAUUGAGAAAAGCAUGAAGAUGGAGACACGUGUGUCUCCCUUAAGUGAACGAGAGAGGACCUUAAAACAAAACGAAAACGGAAUUAGAACACGCCCCUUCUUCGACUUUUCCAUUCAUAGGAGGAUUUUGUCAGCUCUGGGAUGUAGGAGGUCAUUCCCGAGACCUGAGUCCCCAGGGCAGGAGAGGAGAUGGGAAUUCUGGCUGUGACCCUGCAAUGUGCAGGCCCAUUCUGAGCCCUGGGAGUGAAACAGGCAAACCCUUAUUUGCGUGGAGCUGAGCAGCCACAAAUAAGCAGGCGCAUGGCUGGCCCACCCCGACGCGUGCUGUGGGACGGUUGCCCUCUUUCACCGGGAUGGGGCUGGGAGUGGCAGAGAGGGUGGAACGUGUCCAUCAGGCUUGGGAUGGACGUCGCCCCUGUGACAGCUUCUCCAGUUGAGAAUCCCCCUCCCCAGAAGGCAUGGCCAGAGUCAGACCCAGGGCUGGGACAUGGAACACAGGCUCCUACCCGCUUUCCAAAGCUUACGCAGCCUGGACGGGGCCUCUGGGCCCUGGGGCUGGAGCAGAGGCAAAUAGCACAUGCCGGUGACCAGACUCCCCACCCCUGUACCCGCUGUGCGGCUGUGGAGGGCAGGAUCCACGUUCCCUGCCAGCCUUUCGGCGGGGAAAGGGUUAUGGGGGUGAGGGUUAUGUCCUAGUGAGCCCGACACCUGGGCGAGUGCGAUAUUUUUUAAUGGUCUCAAUCGUAUUAUUUAAAUAUAUCCUCUACCUGUUCUUGGGAUGGAAAUUAUGGUCUGGGGCAUGCCUGUGUCUAACUCAUGUGUUACUAAGGUGGGGUCCCCCACAUGAGCCUAGUCCAGGCUCCAAAAAGGGAGUCAGCUGCUCUGUCCCUUUCUCUCAGCCCCUCUUGGACUCUUCUAGGAGAAGAGUCUUCUAGGACCAGUGGGAGAGGCUCAGUUCUUUGUGUCUGGAGUGGUGAUGAGGGCUGAGCCCCUAUGGGGAGGCACGGUGCUUUCCAGGGCUCUGGGCUCGGUGGAGACCCGCUGGGGCCCCUGAUGCGCCCCCCCACAAGAUGGAUGUGCUCCCAGAGGCUGUGUUGGGAGUCACGGGGUCCGGGCACUUGCGCCUUCACAAUCCCCUUCCUCCAUAAAGAAAUAUUAUAGUUUGCGACUGCAUUGGUAUAAAAAUGAAUAUAUUCAUAUCCUAUAUUAUGAUACUUUCCCCAAUCUAAAAGUUUAUUCUGUUCUUAAAAUAAAUGAAAGUAUUUGUAUGGGCCCUGGGCCUGACGGAGAUGUGCCCUGCCGCCUCUCCAGAGUGUUGGGAAUUCUCAGGUGACCCAGUCCCACAGGCAGCCAAGUGCCCACACAUUUCCAGGCUGCCCUCCACCAGGGCGGUGACCUCGGGUCACCAGGGACACGCACGCCUAGGAAGCCGUGGGCUUCUGCAGUUUCCAAAGGGACGCAGGGCAGAGAGGCAAAUAAAGGACCCCAAGCGGGGUCCCAAGCCCCUGAUUACAACACUGGCACUCAGAAGCUCGAUGACCCUCCCCCAGGGACACAAUGCAUUGUGGCUCCCUGCUCCGGCUGGCACCAUGGAACCGCCCGAGUGCAGCUCUGCAUCCUACCAAAGGGGAGUUCCUCGGCCGCCACACUUACAACAUGGGUGCGAUGGGGCUGUCAGGAGGAUGUCACCAACUCGGAGUGAUGUCGCUGAGCAUGGUGUAUGUGUGUGCGUAUGCAUACCCAUGUGCAUGUGUUUCUGUUUACAGGUGGGUGUGCAUGUCUGUGUGUGUAUGUAUGAGUGUGUGUGUCUCCACAUGGAUGUGUGUUUCUGUUUACAAGUGGGUGUGCAUGUCUGUGUGUAAGAGUGCGUGUGUCUCCGUGUGCACGGGUCCAUGCAGGGCUCUGUAUGCACGUCUCCGCAUCUGUGCAUCUGUGUAGUGUGUGUGUGUAUCUUUGUGUACGCGUGUGCUCUGUGUGUCUAGACAAAUAUACAAGACCAGCCGGGCAGUGGAGAGCCAGAGCCAUGCCCCAGAAGUAGCCUAAUUAGGAAAAGGAGGCUCUAGAAGGAGGGAUAUUUUGUAUUUUGGUCUGGGGUGUUUUGCCCACUGCAGUUUCUUUAAGAACAACACAGAACGCCCCCAAACUCAACCUGCAAGCAGGCUGGAGGGAGCAGCGAGCCUCGCUCCUCAGGAGGUGCUGGCAGGAGGGCAGGUGCCGGGCUCCAGGCUGGGGUGGCACUGGGCAAGGGAGAAGAGAAUGGGGGCUCCCCAACCUCCCACAUCUCGGGGUUCCAGGGAGGUGAAAAUGGACCCCUGAGAACCCAGAUUGUCCUUGUGCUCAUGACGUCUCCACAGUGGAGGGACAGAAAAGCAGAACAGGUGAAAGAAGCACCCCCAUCCCCCUGCGAGCCUCCCCACCUGCUGAAAACAAGGUCUUCAACUUGUGGUCACUGGACCUGGAAUCUGCACCCCUCCUCUUCCUCCAGCCCCCGUGCGGCCCUGGCUGCAAGACAGCAGCUCCCACUCCUGAGAGCUGAGCAAACACGCAGUGGGCUGGGCCGGGGAGUCCCCGGUAAUUUAAUUGAGUCAAUUUGCUCACAGUAGAAUAUGACUUCUCUUACAAUAUUUUGAAAAGGAAUUCAGCUGAACACUCGGCUGUGUGUGUGUGUGUUGGGAUGGGGGUUCCCGCCUGAGGCCCAGCUUUCUUCAUUUCGGCAGCUCCAGUCUCCCCAGUAUCCAUAGAGAGAGGGUCCUGCGGGUGCCUGGCCGGCCCCUGCCACCCCCGCCUUCCCUCUCCACCCCCACCUCCUCUUUGCUUGUGACCCAUGACUGGGAAGGCAGCUUCAGGAAGAGAGACCGGACUUUCUCUCUCCUCUCCAAGUGGGGCCAAAAAUGGGAGGAAAUCAUUUCAUUCUAACCAGUCAAUUCCAGGCUGGGAGUCCCUGGGACCAGUGGACAGAGACAAACCUGGAGAAGUCAGUCUCCUCGCCCAGGAGCUGCUGGAGAAAGGAAGGAGGGGGUGUUGACUUGGAGGGCACAGGGCCACCAUGCUGCCUGGGAGGGGCUCGGCUGGGCUCUGGGGCAUUCAGACUCCACAUCUGGACGUGAUCAGGAUGAGAAUCGUCUCUACAUUUAUUGUGCUCUCACUGUGUGCUGGAAAUGGAUCUUCAUGUUCUACAAACAGAAUCUCACUAAAUCCCCACACCACACUGUGAGGGAAGCACGACUGCACUCCCUGUUUUACAGCCAAGGAAACCGAAGCACAGAGAAGCUAAAUAACUUGCCCAAGGCCACACAGCUGGUAUGGGGCAAGGCCAGGAUUGGAACCCAGGCACCCAGCAGCAGCCAGGCUCGCCUUGUCAUGGACCUGAUGGUGAACGACUGUGUCCUGCAGCCUCUGGGCUCAGCGGCCGUUGCAAAGGAGGGGUUUCAUCCUGGCAGCGAGGUUGAAUUGGGCAUCAGAGUUGUGCCCCUUAUGGCCUCCAACGGGGAACCUCAAUCCCCUCUCACCCCACCUCCAUCACUGCAGCCACUUGCCCGAGUCUGCUCAGCCCCCAGAAGCUUUUUGCACACCUGGGUGUCCCACCCUGAGUUGAGAUGGCAACAAGGCGGCAGAGAGCUCUCCCAGAACACUGCCCACUCCCCAGAGUCCAGCACCUCACCCUGCUUCUGGGGCCUCCCCUGGGGGCCGAGAGUAUUAUUGUCUCUGAUUACCCUCAACACUCCCCAAAUACACACCCUCAACAUCCCCAGCACUGAAGAGCUGUGUGUGUGUGUGUGUGUGUGUGUGUGUGUGUGUGUGUGUGUUUUCUGUCUCCCUAACUGGACCAGCAGCUUCUUAGAGGCAGGGCCCUGUCCCCUCUUUACCCACCCAGCCUUCCACAAGUCUCUGCAGCGUGGGUUGAUCAAUAAUCAAGUCUUGUUGACCAGCUGCCUGGAAAAUGAUUUUCCUUCACUAACUCUCCUCUGGAAUUUCCUGGAGGAAACUUGUCUUGACCAAAUAAUGGGAUUCAGGAGGGCUGUGUUCCUGCCCCCAGGGAUGUCAUAUUACUGCAGGAACACAGGGUGUCUCUCAGUGGCAGGGAGCUGGUGUGCUGGCUCUUGGCGAUCCCAGGGGACCGGGAUCUGGCAAGGUGAGGAGAGUGGUGCCCUUAGGCUGGUGGAGCGGCAGGGGAGGGGAGCUGGGUAGGGCUGGGGCAGGAGGGAGAGAGGGAAGCGGCCGCAGCUUGGGGCUCUGGGAAGAAGGAAGCCACUGGGCUGAGAGGAGCAAGGGCUGUGGAUGUUGCCUGGAAAUAGAGUAAAUAGAGUUUCUUUCAAUCAAGUCGUAUUUUAAAUGCACUGGGGGAGGCUCAGUCGGUAAAGAAAUCUCGCCAGAAAUCUUUCCGAGAAAAUAACCCUUUUGCUAAAGGCAAAACACUUUCCUUAAGUUAUCUGUUUUGAUAUGGAGUGUUCUUAAAAGCUAGGCACACCUACACACGUGAAAACAAGGAGAUAAGCCCGCAAACAUGUGAACGGAGCCUCAAGCGUGUACACAUGUGCCGUGCAUGUGCCAACCUCACUGCAUAUACCUGGGUGCAGCCAGCUCUCGCAUUUUCUCAUCGCUCUGGUUCAAUUUAAAUUAAAGCAAAUGUUGAAAGCCCUCCCUUCCAGGUUUUAUUUGCUACCCUGAGUCUUCCGCAGCAACUCAUUAGCUUAAUGGGUUUUCUUAAUUCUCGUCUAUUAGUAGGCCCUGUUUCUGCCUGGAAAGCUGGUCCUUUCCAAAGAAGAAGGGCUCAGCCUUCUUCUACCUGGACACAGAGCAGCCUGCCCCAGCACCACCACCCACACACCAGCCCCCUCGCCUGGAAACCCCUCUGGGAGAUGGUGGUCCCUUGCCCUGGGAGGCUGGGGCUUCUCCUCUUUACUUCUCUCACGCCCACUCUCCUCCUCAGCCCCUCCUCUCCCUGGAAUCUGCUCCAUGUAGAGGAAGCAGCUGCACCAGGUGCUUAGAAAACUCCUCACAAAGCCAGGCGAGGUGGCUCACGCCUGUAAUCCCUGCACUUUGGGAGGCCGAGGCAGGCGGAUCACCUGAGGUCAGGAGUGUGAGACAAGCCUGGCCAACAUGCCGAAACCCCAUCUCUACUAAAAAUCCAAAAAUUAGCUGGACGUGGUGGUGGGCAUCUGUAAUCCCAGCUACUCAGGAGGCUGAGUCAGGAGAAUCGCUUGAACCCUGGAGACGGAGGUUGCAGUGAGCCGAGAUCGCGCCACUGCACACCAGCCUGCACGACAAGAGCGAGACUCAGUCUCAAAACAAAAAAAAGAAAACUCAUCACAAAACCACAGGGAGAUGGGAGGAAACUGGUCCCUGUGCUCAGGCUCCCCUUGAGGAAGGAGGUUGUGUCCUUUCAGGGUGGCCCAUGGCUUGCUGGGCAGGUGGUGGGACUGGAUCCUGAUCGGGGUUGAGGGGGAUCUCUGUCCAGGAGAAAGCAGCUGUGCGGAACUCACACAUAAAAAUGAUGCCUGUGCCCCUGGGGCCUCCAGUGUGGGCUGUAAAACCACCGAGACAGAUUCAGGCCAGCGCAGGCGUCAAGUCCUCAGAUGGGAGUGUUUGCGAAAUGCUCAGAUGUGUGUUCAGAUAAGCGCCCAUCUGGCCCCUCUGACCCAUUUCACAGAGUACUUUGGAGAAAGGAUUUCAGGUGUGUUCUGAAUGGAGCCAGGUUGGGUUCAGGCUGGCUUUGCCAUUCAUAAUCAGAGGCUCUGAGCACAUGACAUGCUCCCACGGCCAGCCCAAGUGCCCGAGAGUGCCAGGUAGAGCUGGGCUGGGUCCUUGGCAGGCCCCCUUCCCUCUCUGAGCUUCGUUUUCUCCAAAUGGAAAUGUGGGGAGGGGUGUCGACUAGGCCCUUAAGGAGCUGGAGUGGAGUAUGUGUGUGUGGGGGGGUGCGUAGGGGUAGGGAGGACAGAGGGAAGAACUUGGAGGGGUUCACAGACCUGAGGCCUGGGCCACAGCUGGGAGCACAGCUGGAGAGUCCAGUGCAUUCAUAACACGCGGAAAUGGGGUUGGAAUCAACCUGCUCCCCUGCCGUCACCCCUGUCUCUGCAAGCUUUGGAGGCCAGGCCUCUGCCCCACCUGCUGAGAGGCCACGUGAGCUUCCCCUUCCAAGGAGUGAGAUAAAAGUCCAGUGGGCCGGCCCCAUCCACCCCAGGCUGGGCUCUAACUGCUGGCCCUUGUUCCUCAUCAGCCCCUGACUCCUGCCAGUCCCCGCCCGCCUUCUGCCCUGCCUUGCUCUGCGUUAUAGACUCAUUUCACACAAUUGGACCAGAAAAAUCUCAGGAACAGACUCAUGUUGUCUGUCAGCUUCCCCCAGCACACCUGCGGCCAGCUGGACACGCGGGUCUACCUCCAUGCUGGUUCCUCCUGAUGCCCACCCAAGGGUGGGCAAACACCCUUGCCCAGACUCCCCUUUUUCUGGAGCAUGAAAAGGGUUAAUCAGGUGUGUCUCACGCCUCUGUCCCUGCCCUGCUCCUGUGGGUGGGGAGGGAGUCCUCAGGA